CAAGUUUCCCCUCGAUUCACUCUUUCCGAUAUCCACAUACAUCUUCCGGGGGAGAGAAUGGGAAACUCAUCAACGAGGUGCCGCUUAAAUGUCACGGAUUAUUUUACGGUCUGGGCCGUUACGGGAGAAAACAUUUUUUUGUUCCUGUUUUCCCUGUUUUUCCUCUUCGCCAGUUAGUUUGCCCGGGUGCUAAACCAGCUAUUCUCCAUUCAGGUGAAAUGGAUCUCUCCACCCAUCUAUCGCCCUGUUCUUGCUGAAGCAACCGGAUCUCGCUGAGAGAAGCUGACCCACAACUUCACAGGGGAUCGGGUGACAGCCAUGUUGAAUUGGCUGAAUGAGUGCGACGGUGUCCGUUUACCGUCUUCCCCAAUAGGACAGGACAAUGGGGAGAGACAGGCGAGAGGCCCUUGCACAGAGAGCUAUUGUUGUCUUGGAUGGAAGUCGAGCUCCCUGCCAUCCAGGACCUCUAUACCAGGUUGUGUCAGAGGAAGACCCUAAAAAUUGUCAAAGACUCUUGCCACCCAAGUCAUAGACUCUCUGCUACAGCACGGCAAGAAGCACCGGAGCGCCAAGUCUGGGACCAAAAGGCUCCUGAAAAGCUCCUGAAUGAAAUGGCUACCCGGACUAUUUGCAUUGACCCAUUUUUUUUGUACUGGAACUAUGCACACUCACUAAACUCUACACACACCCUCACAUAUACAGUAUGCUCCAAAAAUAUUUGGACAGUGACACAUUUAGUUUUGUUUUGUUUUGGCUCUGUACUCCAGGACUUUGGAUUUGAAAUGAUACUGUUAAAGUGCAAAACUGUUUGUUUUGGAUGUGUUUCAGAUGAUUUUGUGCCAAAUAGAAAUUAAUGGUAAAUAAUGUAUUGUGUCACUUUGGAGUCACUUUUAUUGUAAAUAAGAAUUGAAUAUACAGUACCAGUCAAAAGUUUGGACACCUACUCAUUCAAGGGUUGUAGGAUAAUUGUAGGAUAAUAGGAUAAUAGUGAAGACAUCAAAACUAUGAAAUAUCACAUAUGGAAUCAUGUAGUAACCAAAAAAGUGUUCAACAAAUCAAAAAAUAUCUUAGAUUCUUCAAAGUAGCCACCAUUUGCCUUGAUGACAGCUUAGCACACUUGGAAUUCUCUAAACCAGCUUAAUGAGUAAUUAUUUUCCAACAGUCUUGAAGGAGUUCCCACAUAUGCUGAGCACUUGUUGGCUGCUUUUCCUUCACUCUGUGGUCCAAUUCAGGUUGGGUGAUUGUGGAGGCCAGGUCAUCUGAUGCAGCACUCCAUCACUCUCCUUCUUGGUCAAAUAGCCCUUACACAGCCUGGAGGUGUGUUUUGGGUAAUUGUCCUGUUGAAAAACAAAUGAUAGUCCCACUAAGCGCAAACCAGAUGGGAUGGCAUAUUGCUGCAGAAUGCUGUGGUAGUCAUGUUGGUUUAGUGUGCCUUGAAUUCUAAAUAAAUCACAGACAGUGUCACCAUCACACCUCCUCCUCCUCCAUGCUUCACGGUGGGAACCACACAUGUAUCCGUUUUGGUUGGAACCAAAAGUCUUACAUUUGGACAUCAGACCAAAGGACAGAUUUCACCAGUCCAAUGUCCAUUGCUUGUGUUUCUUGGCCCAACAAGUCUCAUCUUAUUAUUGUUGUCCUUUAGUAGUGGUUUCUUUGCAGCUAUUCGAUCAUGAAGGCCUGAUUCACAGUCUCUUCUGAAUAGUUGAUGUUGAGAUGUGUCUGUUACUUGAACUCUGUGAAGCAUUUUUUGGGGCUGCAAUAUGAGGUGCAGUUAACCCGAAUGAACAUAUACUCUGCAGCAGAGGUAAUUCUGGGUCUUCCUUUCCUGUGGCUGUGGCUGUCAUGUGAGCCAGUUUCAUCAAAGUGUUUGAUGUUUUUUUUUCUUCUGAUAAUGGCGCCGGAGGAGAUGGCUGCCGUUUUACGGUCUCCUAACCACUUGUGCUAUUAUGUGUUUUUUUUUUGCGAUAUUUGUAAAUGAUUUUGUACAUAAUGUUUCUGCAACCGUAUCUUACGGAAGAAAAGAGCUUCUGGAUAUCAGGACAGCGAUCACUCACCUCGGAUUAGACGAAGAUUUCUUCAACAACAACAACAACAAGCAGGACACACACAAUAUUCUCCAAACACCCCUCAGGGCAGACAUCCCAAUUAUUCGCAAAAGGAAGCGACGUAGAGGACGAUGAGCUGGAUGCCUCGUCCGGACCCGCAGAAGGCAACUAGGAAAGCUGCCGUUACCGUCAAUAUUACUCGCCAACGUGCAAUCAUUGGACAAUAAACUAGACACGAUCACGAACAUCCUACCAACUGAACAUCAAAAACUGUAAUAUCCUAUGCUUCACGGAAUCGUGGCUGAAUGAUGAUAUGGAUAUUCAGCUAGCGGGAUACAAGCUGCACCGGCAGGAUAGAACAGCACACUCCGGUAAGGCGAGGGGGGUGCUGUCUGUGCAUAUUUGUAAACAAAAGCUGGUGCACGAAAUCUAAGGAAGUCUCUAGAUUUUGCUCGCCUGAAGUAGAGUAUAUUGUGAUAAAUUUCAGGCCACACUACUUGCCUAGAGAUUUCUCAGCUAUACUUUUCGUGGCUGUUUAUUUACCACCACAGACAGAUGCUGGCACUAAGACCGUACUCAGUCAGCUGUAUAAGGAAAAAGGCAAAGAGGAAACCACUCACCCAGAGGCGGCGCUCCUAGUGGCCAGAGACGUUAAUGCAGGGAACCUUAAAUUAGUUCUACCAAAUCUCUGUCAACAUGUUAAAUGUGCAACCAGAGGGAAAAAAUUCUAGAUUACCUGUACUCCACACACAGAGACGCGUACAAAGCUCUCCCUCGCCCUCCAUUUGGUAAAUCCGACCACAACUCUAUCCUCCUGAUUCCUGCUUACAAGCUAAAAUUAAAGCAGGAAGCACCAGUGACUCGGUCUAUAAAAAAAAUGGUCAGAUGAAGCAGAUGCUAAACCACAGGACUGCUUUGCUAUCACAGACUGGAACAUGUUCCAAGAUUCUUCCAAUGACAUUGAGGAAUACACCACAUCAGUCACUGGCUUUAUCAAUAACUGCAUUGAGGACGUCAUCCCCACAGUGACUGUACGUACAUACCCCAACCAGAAGCCAUGGAUUACAGGUAACAUUCGCACUGAGCUAAAGGGUAGAGCUGCCGCUUUCAAGGUGCGGGACUCUAACCCGGAAGCUUACAAGAAAUCCCGCUAUGCCCUGCGACGAACCAUCAAACAGGCAAAGCGUCAAUACAAGGCUAAGAUUGAAUCAUAUUACACCGGCUCUGACGCACGUUGGAUGUGGCAGGGCUUGCAAACUAUAACAGACUACAAAGGGAAGCACAGCCGCGAGCUGCCCAGAGACACGAGCCUACCAGACGAGCUAAAUCACUUCUAUACUCGAUUCGAGGCAAGCAACACUGAGGCAUGCAUGAGAGCAUCAGCUGUUCCGGACGACUGUGUGAUCACACUCUCCGUAGCCGACAUAAGUAGGACCUUUAAAACAGGUCAACAUACACAAGGCUGUGGGGUCAGACAGAUUACCAGGACGUGUGCUCCGGGCAUGUGCUGACCAACUGGCAGGUGUCUUCACUGACAUUUUCAAAAUGUCCCUGAUUGAGUCUGUAAUACCAACAUGCUUCAAGCAGACCACCAUAGCCCAAGAACACAAAGGCAACCUGCCUAAAUGACUACUGACCUGUAGCAUUCGCGUCUGUAGCCAUGAAGUGCUUUGAAAGGCUGGUAAUGGCUCACAUCAACACCAUUAUCCCAGAAACCCUAGACCCACUCUAAUUUGCAUACCGCCCGAACAGAUCCACAGAUGAUGCAAUCUCUAUUGCACUCCACACUGCCCUUUCCCACCUGGACAAAAGUAACACCUAUGUGAGAAUGCUGUUCAUUGACUACAGCUCAGCGCUCAACACCAUAGUACCCUCAAAGCUCAUCACCAAGCUAAGGAUCCUGGGACUAAACACCUCCCUCUGCAACUGGAUCCUGGACUUCCUGACAGGCCACCCAGGUGGUGAGGGUAGGUAGCAACACAUCUGCCACGCUGAUCCUCAACACUGGAGCUCCCUAGGGGUGUUGUGCUCAGUCCCCUCCUGUACUCCCUGUUCACCCACGACUGCAUGGCCAGGCACAACUCCAACACCAUCAUUAAGUUUGCUUACGACACAACAGUGGUAGGCCUGAACACCGACAACGACGAGACAGCCUAUAGGGAGGAGGUCAGAGACCUGGCCGGGUGGGGCCAGAAUAACAACCUAUCCCUCAACGUAACCAAGACUAAGGAGAUGAUUGUGGACUACAGGAAAAGGAGCACUGAGCACAUCCCCAUUCUCAUUGACGGGGCUGUAGUGGAGCAGAUUGAGAGCUUCAAAUUCCUUGGUGUCCACAUCAACAACAAACUAGAUUGGUCCAAACACACCAAGGCAGUUGUGAAGAGGGCACGACAAAGCCUAUUCCCCCUCAGGAAACGAAAAACAUUUGGCAUGGGUCCUGAGAUCCUCAAAAGGUUCUACAGCUGCAACAUCAAGAGCAUCCUGACCGGUUGCAUCACUGCCUGGUACGGUAAUUGCUCGGCCUCCGACCGCAAGACACUUCAGAGGGUAGUACGUACGGCCCAGUACAUCAUUGGGGCAAAGCUGCCUGCCAUCCAGGACCUCUCCACCUGGCGGUAUCAGAGGAAGGCCCUAAAAAUGGUCAAAGACUCCAGCCACCCCAGUCAUAGACUGUUCUUUCUACUACCGCAUUGCAAGCGGUACCGGAGUGCCAAGUCUAGGACAAAAAGGCUUCUCAACAGUUUUUACCCCCAAGCCAUAAGACUCCUGAACAGGUAACCAAAUGGUUACCCGGACUAUUUGCAUUUUGUGCCCCCCCAACACCUCUUUUAUGCUGCUGCUACUCUCUGUUUAUCUUAUAUGCAUAGUAACUUUAACUAUACAUUCAUGUACAUACUACCUAAAUUGGCCCGACCAACCAGUGCUCCCGCACAUUGACUAACCGGGCUAUCUGCAUUGUGUCCCACCACCCGGCCAAACCCAUCUUUUUACGCUUCUGCUACUCUCUGGUCAUCAUAUAUGCAUAGUCACUUUAACGAUACCUACAUGUACAUACUACCUCAAUAAGUCUGACUAACUUUUUUCAAAUGUCUUUUUACAGUUGUUUUAUUUCUUUACUUACUUACCUAUACACACACACACACACACACACACACAUACCUUUUUUCUUCGCACCAUUGGUUAGAGCCUGUAAGUAAGCAUUUCACUGUUGUAUUCGGCACACGUGACAAAUAAACUUUGUUUUGAUUUGA